UUUGUUCUUUGCCUGUUACAUUACACUAUAUUUAUACAGAUUUUGGUUUAUAAUGAAGCAACACCAUGGGUGAUGAAACAAUGCUCUCAGAUAACAGACGGCUAUGACUGUAGUGAUAUGAGCCUACAAUCGAUUCCAGAUGAGAUACCAGAUUCUGUCCAAAUUCUGAAAUUCAGCUUCAAUUACCUGCCUGCUCUAUACAACUUUACUUUCAAAAGGCUACAGAGUUUACAUUAUUUAGAUCUUACAAGAUGCGGCAUCACUUUUGUGUAUGAAGAUAUUUUUAUACACCAGACAGACCUUCAGGUCCUCAUACUCAUUGGAAACCCGCUUGUGUUCUUUGCAAGCAGAGCUUUUUUUGGACUCUCAGGCUUGAAAUACCUAAGUAUGGCUCAGUCAAAUAUAAAAAGUCUAUCAGACAUUCCAUCGGAUAAUCUUGCUUAUCUGGAGGUUCUAGACCUUAGGGGAAGUGACAUUGCCAAUUUAGAUGGACUAAGCAAAUUCUAUUGGCGCAACCUGAAGAGUUUACAGCUAGAUAUGAACACGAUUGAGAAAAUCACGGCGGAAGAUUUAAAACCACUUCACGGUAUGGUUGGGUUGAACAUUAGCUUCAAAGCCAACAAUAUUACUUCCAUGGAACCAGGUGCCUUUCAGUCAAUGACCUUUGGGAGUAUUGAUUUUAGUGGCUGUCUAGGAAAGCUGGAUAUUUCUGUACUAUUAAAGGGGCUUGUCGGCGUUAAAACCAGCAGGCUUAAUCUGGGAUUGUACGAAACGGAUCCAAAGUCGCAGAUAUCAAAUAUAGCACUACAAUCAUUUUGUAACAUCUCAGUGACUGACUUGAAUCUACAGCUCCAGCAUUUUUCAGACCUGAAUAACAGGACGUUUCAGUGCCUCGAAGGACUUCAAAAGCUAGACCUUACCAGAAGCCAUCUCAAUCUACUGCCCUCUAACCUCUCUGGCCUGUCCACAUUGUCUCAUCUGGGGCUGGACGAGAACAGCUUUCGGGAUGUCUGCCACAUCAAUGCUAGGAACUUUCCCAUUCUUACGCACUUGUCCAUGAGAUCAAACAUGAAGCGACUUGAUUUUAGCAGUAGAUGCCUGGAGAAUCUUGGAAGCAUGGAGAAGCUGGAUCUCAGCCUUAGUAAAGUAAACCCUAUAGGACCUUGUUGUAAUGACCAGCUGUUUGGUCUGGGUUAUCUGAAGUUUCUAAAUCUCAGCUAUGGGUCACCCAUGUUCUGGGAUGUACAGCCUUUCAAUGUUACCCCACAACUGGAGCAUUUGGACUGCAGCCAUUCGAGAUACACUCUGAACGACAGCUCACCUUUCAGUAAUCUGCAAAAUCUUAGAAGUCUAAAUCUAUCCUGGACAAACAGCAAUCUGACAAAUGUGCAACUUUUCAAAGGCUUGAAGACUUUGCAACACCUCAGUUUGAAGGGGGCCACCGUUCAAGAUGGAGUUUUUACACAAACAGAGCUCUUCAAACAUGUUCCUCAUUUGGAAACUCUUAUUCUGUCUGCAUGUGGAAUCAGUGCGAUAAAAGAAGACCUGUUUAAGGAGCUCACACAUCUGAAGCAGAUAGACGUCAGUUCAAACAGACUCCUCAAAUUCAGCAUUUCGCCAUUUUACUCAUUGAAAUUUCUCGAACUUAACUUUGCUAAUAACUCCAUUAUGAUGGUGGAUGUUAAAGAUGUUGUGGGUUUGGGAAGUCAAAGUACUGUCGACCUGAGUUAUAAUCCUUUGAUUUGCAACUGUAGCAACUAUGAAUUUAUUAAAUGGGUUAAGGAUAAUGUUAUCAAAGUUAGACAUAUAACAGAGACGACUUGUAAUUGCACAGGAAUAAGGAUUAUUGAUGUUCACCUGAAAUGUUCAGUAAAUAUGCCAAUAUAUGCUCAAAUUCUCGUUGCGGUUGCUAUCGUGUUUGGCAUUAUCUGCAUUUUCCAACUUAUCAGGACCAUUAGGAAAAGAUAUGCAGGCUACAAAGAACUAUAAAUACAGACACAUUUUUCGUCUCACAUUAAACCACAACCUCGUAACCCGCAACCUCGUAACAUUAGUGUCGUCUUAAAGGGAUAGUUCACAAAACAAAUCUUUCAAUUCUUUUACCUCACUUUCAUUCCAAAUCUGUAUGACUUUCUGUGAAGAACAGAAUGGUACUUACUAAACAACAUUGACCCCUACUGAAGUUCAUUGUAUGGAUGCAAAAUCAAAGAGACUUAUCUUCUUUGGCCGUCAACAUAAGAUAGAGAGGUUUUGAUGGUGAAUAAAUGAUUCAGUUAUUAUGUAGCAAUAUGGAACAUAAUCAUUGUCAAUCAAAACAAACAAUCAAUAAAUAAAUAAAUGAAAACGUUGUUUACCGGUCUUAUCAUAUGAAAAUUGUAAAGAUAUACUGUAAUUACUAAUGUGUCUGAAAGAUUUGUAUGAACUUCAAAUGUGAAAUAAAACAGCCAAGUGGUAGUUUCA